CCUUUCUGUUUUUCUCUCUUGGAAUUCUGUCUCUGUGUCUACUUCUUACUACGCCUUCAUCUGAGACAGAGAACAUGGCCCGCCGAAGAUCUGGAGGAAGAUCUGCUCCUCGGGCAGCUCCCCGUCCAGCUCCUGGUUCUGCUCCUGCUCCUCAACCAGUACAUCAUGCUCCCCCUCCAGCUCCUGCUCAGAGUGGAAGUGGUUCUAUUCUAGGAGGCAUUGGUUCAACCAUAGCUCAGGGUAUGGCUUUUGGAACUGGAAGUGCUGUGGCACACAGGGCAGUGGAUGCUGUGUUGGGUCCUCGUACCAUUCAACAUGAGACUGUGGUCACUGAGGCUGCAGCAGCGCCCACUGCUAACAGUCUUUCUGGCUCUGAUGCAUGCAGCAUCCACUCUAAGGCAUUCCAGGAUUGCAUUAGCAACUAUGGAAAUGACAUUAGCAAGUGUCAGUUCUACAUGGAUAUGUUGUCAGAGUGCAGGAAGAACUCAGGAUCUUUGAGUGCCUAAGUUCCAUCUCUCUGCUUUGUCAUGUAGUGGAAUAUCAGCAUUCAGAUUUCUCCGCUUAUUUUGAUUUUGCUCGUAAUGAUGAUGAAGCUGUAUUCUGACUAUGUUUGAAUAACAGCCAUGAGUACUGAAUAUAUUUAAAUGGCAGACCAUUCUGGUUCUUCGGUUGGACUUUAAUAUGACCGCAUUGCAUGAUAUAUCCUUAUUCCUCUUGAGAGUCAUUAUGGUGGUGUCUGGAAACAGUUGUUAUGGAAUCAAUGGAUCAUAGUUUU